AUGCAGGCUUUGGGGUUAAGGCUUAUUAAUUUUAGUAUUGACCUGUUUGUGUUUAUUAAAAUUCACAGACCAGCAGCAGGAGACGGAGAAGAAGAACUCAGCAACAAGCAGCGCAAGGUGCUGUGGAAUAAAAGAAGGUUGGCCGGUGGCGGUGGUGCCUCGUCGAGCCCACGGGCAGCGCCCAAGGCCAGGCCUGUGGCUGUGGCCGCGGAGGUGCAUGCACCUGCUGAGCCUCCUGGUGUGCCUGCGGUGUCUGCGGUGUCUGCGGUGCCUGCUCCACCGCCGAUGGAAACAGCACAGGCACUCGCCACUUGGGUUUUUAUUGCCUGGUGUUGUUUUUUUGAUUUGGUCGGUUUUGAGAAAUCAGUCAGUAGUGGGAGAUAA